AUGGCCGCUGCUUCUGCAGUGAAGUACAGCUCAGUAUCAUGCAAUUAUUCGGAAUGGCAUUUUGACGUAAUUCUUUUCGAGGACGGAGAGCAUCAACAUCCAGCAACGACAGUCAGGGCUAAAGAAGCUUACUUCGCCGAGUUAUUCAAUUCGGUGUCAAGACGUCUCUCACUGCUCCAAGUUGGACGUUUUGUCUUCAUCAGGCAUGGAUUUGAAACGCUGUCACAAGCACAAAGCAAAUCACUUUUUCGGACGACUCGGAGGGUACCCACCGUACAUGAAGUACAUGCGAAUUGGAAAUCAUCCCUGGCAAGUUCCUUUGCAACCCGCACACGCGACAAAGAUGCUAUCAUAAUACUGACACGACGGACUCUCAACCAUCUCAACGGAGAUGAUGCCAAUGGCUUCUCUGUGAAGGGCGGUAUUUGCACGGCCGACAAUAUUUCGUUGGUGAAAGACGACGGUGUGUUCGGUGCGGUGAACCUACUUGUAAAGAUAUUUUUGCACGCGGCAGGCGUAGAUUUUGACGGUUUUGGGGCUGCCAUUGGAUGCCCAGCCAACCAAGGAUACCUCAUGGGAGGAAAAAAACUGCAUCUUCCUUUACAGUUCUCACGUUGUAGCAUGUCUCUUGUGCAUGCAGCAUUAAGACAGCUGAAGUGCAUCAAAAGCAGGAUGGGCAGUAAGGUGGGCCAUGCUAUACCGAUGCCACCAAAGAUGUCAAGAGACGCAUAUUGUUCAGCAUUAGGCUCCAGGUCUUGCGAUGAUCGAGGAAUGGACAAAUUAGAACACAAGCGUCCCGAAAAAUAUGAGUGCUUUGUUUACUGCUGCAAAGGCUUCUAUAACAUGUUUGAAAAGGUCGCACCUGAUGGACUGAAAUGUGGCGAUGAUUGUUUCAACUAUAAGGACAAGAGGUGUAUCAACGGACAAUGCAAACGUAUAAGUUAACCAGAUGUGAUACCAAGCACACGUUCUCCUACAAAGAAGACAAUAUGGGGGAAAUAUACAAUAAAUAAACUGCUUAUGCGCAGUGUGCAUUGAG